AUGGCGAAAGGAGCUCCCAAGGGCAAGUCGUCGGCCUCUUCAGCAACACGCAAGAAGCAGGCUGCAAAGGCGGCCAACAAGAAAGCCUACGAGCGCGACGAUGACGGUAAUCUCCUGCAUCCCGAACUCGCCGAGGCCAUGGAAAAGCAAAAGCAACACGGCUUGCAAAGAGGCCAGAAGAAGGACAAGUCCAAGAAGGACGGCAAGGGCGGCAAGAAGGGCAAGGCUGACAAGAAGAAGCAGUACAUCCCCCCGCCCAAGCCUCCACAACCGCUUCCGGACCCGCUCGACUCGAUGGGCCUGGCUUCGUUGCUUCCGGCCGACCUCGUCGUUCUGCUGCGCAAAGCCUCCAAGAAGGAUGUCAUUACACGUUGCCGUGCGCUCGAAGGCCUUCUGGCCUGGGUAGAGGACGCCUUCGAAAUAUCCGCGCCCGCCGCCGAUUCCGAGGCGAACGAAGCAUCCCGCUUGACGUCCGAGGAGAAGAGGGAAGCACUUGUCAUGAUGUUGCCUAGCUGGGUCCAUCUGUUCCCUCGUCUCGCUUUAUCGCCAACCCGUCGUCUUCGUCUGCUCACAAUGCAGAUCCAGACCUUGCUGCUCGCAAAGGGCUCUGACACAUCUUCCGAUGAUACGACUUCUACGCGAUCAGAGCUGCUCGAGUCGCCGCAAUACAUCGAGGCGAUGCUUGGUCCCUGGGCCAUUCUUUGCCACGACACGGACCGAUCGAUCGAGCGUCUGGGCCGGGCAGCAUGGCUCGACACCUGCACCUGGAAAGACGUCGUCGCAAGUGAAGCAUCGGCUGGUGCUCCAGAAGCGCUCAAAUUGGACCUGAACGAGCACAGCGAAACGCUCCUGGCGCAUCUCCGCACAAUCCUGCUGUCUUCGUCGCCGUCCUACGCCCUUUCCAUGACGGCAGCCCACGCCGUUGCAGCGUCGGACCCGUCCAUGUCCCGAACCUCGUCCGGUCAAGCCACACCCCAGCUGGGUGCAGGUGUGGAGCGCGAUGCCAAGAAUCGCGACGACAGCAAUGUCGAAGAAGACACAGCCGCGCUCGACAAGAGGCUAGUGGCCGGUGCCCUCGCCGUGCUUACUGCAAUCGUAAGGCAGAAGCCCGGGCAAGAUGUCAUCGAGGCGCUGGACGACGUGCUAUCCUCUCGACUCGUCUGGGCUUCUCUUUCGCCGCAAAACCUGGCUUCCUCUGCAGCCUCGCGGUCAGAGGCACAACCUCAGGUUACCUCGUUUGGAUUCGAUUCGCCUGCAGUUCGUCUGCGCGCAUGGACUCUGCUCCGUGCCCUCUUCGACUCGAUUCCCGACACUGUCGAUAAGCAUCUGCAGACCAUUGGUCCGGUGGCAUUGACGUCCAUCUGGCAGGAGCGAGACAAUGCCGUUCAGAGGACCAUGCUCGAGGCGGCUCUGCCCUUGCUGAAGAAGAGGCCCGAGCUGUGGCUCAUUGGUACGGCCGGCGCCGCUCAAAAAGGCGGCAGCCCACAGAACUCGAACCCACACAAGGAAGAGUCCGAAAGCGACGAGGACGACAGCGAUGAGGACGACGACGAAGAUGCCGACGAGACCAACAGCGAUGCCGAUGCUGGCGGUGAGGAUGGCAAGGGCAACGGCGUCUCUACCUCGCGCCCCGUACCUCGUGCCUACACCUCGUUCCUGCAAUGGCUGCAGUCCGCCUGCGGCGGCGCACCAGCGUUGGGCUACCCGGCAGUGAUUGUUUUCAUCUCGACGAUCCCAGCUCAAGUUCUUCCCUACGACGACUUGGAUGCCGCUUCAGACCUUCUCACGCAAUUCUUCUCCGCGCUGUACAGCAGAGCUCUCGACUUCGACCCCACAGGCUGCCGCGCCUUCCUCGCUUCUUUCGUCGAAUGCGUCGCAUUCCUUUCACAGCGUAUGGCACGACAAGAUUCUGCCGCAGACAAGGACGCCGCGACUUCGGCAAAGGAGCUCGUACGCACCCACUUCGGAGCUGCCUGGAACGAGCUCUUGCUUCCCAAGAAGAGUUUGCUCUCCGCGCUUGGCGUUGCAAUAGAUGCUGAUGAGGGCGACGAGGACGCUAGGGCGCAGCGCAUCAAGAGCAUCGGUUCCACGCGCAUCGUUUCGGACCUAGCAGUGCAGGUGCGACGACUCGCCUCUGCGGCCCCGGACCUGCAGCUGCUCGGAUCGUUCCUCGAGGAUGCGCAGUCGGAUGUCGCUUCCAUCGUUCAGGCGCUGUCGCAGGCACCCGCAGAUGUAUCGCCACCUGCGCAGGCACGUCUGCUCACCUCGUUGGAGCGGGCCACGUCGUUCUACGCUGCUCUUGCCCCUGCCGACGCCCAGUCCACGGGUGGUGAACUUCGACGCGCCUCUGCCUCCAGCUUGGGCUCGUUCGCGAAGCUUGCUUCGUCAUCGUUGGCCGGCAUCGCCGCUGACGCCAACAUGCCGCACGAUCUCAAGCGAGCGCGAGCAACGCUGUUGACCGAGUUCCUGUGUCUCUUGCUACGGGCAGUGGUCAGCUUUCCCGACGCGCUUGACUCGUCCGCGUCGGAGCAGCUGGCACAGAUUGCCGGCGUGUCGAUUCCACAGCUGACGACGAUCAAGAGCGUGGCACCUGCUCCAGCGGCCACGUUCCUCGCAGCAUACCUGCCGCUCUGCAAGGGCGAGCAGACGCGUGCAUCCAUCUGGACCGAGACGCUGUCUUCCGUGGCCGCUCUGAGCGAGCUGUCGGACCAGGUCGACGCCAUGACCGAGCUGGUCGCGGCUUCUGCCGCUGUUGGCAAGUCGAUCGAAGCCGACCCAAGCUCGGGAGCGCAGCUUCCCGUCCCUUCGCCAGAAGCCGGUAUUGAAGACCUCGUCAUGGAGCUCAUCAUCUCGCUCUGUGAUGGCUCGGGCCUGCCCGACGAGUUGCGUCACCGUCUGAAGAAGGUUGUCGCAGCCAUCCUCGCCCAGCCGAGCCCCUUCGUCAACCAGGCUUCGAGCCAGUCGAUGCUGUCCAUGGUGACGUCCACCAUUGAACAGCUCAGGUGGACCCUGCUGGAGCGAGCCCAGGUGAACGCGGAUGUUGCCGUGCGCCAGCAGAGGGCGGUUAUUGUCGUCGAAGAUUUGCUCGACUGUCUGGAUGCUUGGAGGCAAGCGCAGCCGAAGGAGGACGUCGCGCAGCUGUUGCUUUCUCGUGCCGCGUCGAAAGGCGUCAUUGCGGCCUUGUCGGAUCUGUUUGCGCUUCAUUCCGCAGACAAAGACGAUGGCGAACUUUUCGAGCAGGAGUGGACGGACAAGGAGCGCGCAUUCAGCGGGGUGUGGCGCAAGGCGCGAGACCUGCACCAGCAAAUCACCCAGAACGCCUCGCCGGAGCUGCAGAAGCAGAUGCGCGAGGAAGCGCUCGCCAGUCUGCAGGAGCAUCUGCUCGACAUCCAGGUGCCAGUCGUCCGAAUCGUCGCUGCAGCAGACUACGACGUCGCCGUGCUACCCGAGCCCAAGGAGCUCGCCGAGAUGAUGGCCAAGGCUUGCAAGCAGCGCACACAUCCUGCCUUGCUCGUCUUCGACCCACUGGUUCCGCAACAUGCGGUCUCCGACUCGGCCAGCACCGCAUUCGAUCGGCUGUUCGACCAGCAGGGCCUGGGCAUCUUUGCUCGCGUGGGCUUGGCGGCGCUCCUCAUGACUGAAAGGGAUCGAGCGAACGCUCGCCGCCAUCUUGAUCUGCUGCCGCUCGUCGUCAUGCUCUCGAUCUUGAUCGAAGAUGACCUGCUGCUCCCUGGUGCCUCGAAGCAUGCGCUCGAGUCAGCAGCUGCUCCGACGGCCCACCGCGCGUGGCUGCAGAACGCAGUCACCGUCGUCACGGCUCUGGUCUCGUCGCUGAGCGACACUGUGACCCAAAACUGGCACAACGACAUAGUUGCCUCACUGCAGCGCUCCAGCAUCGUCGACGUGGAAAAGGACGGCAUCGGUCACGUUCUCUCCAAGCUGUGGCAGACCGCCGCUGGCCUGGAAGCGCCGAGUGCUUUCCUCGCGCGUAUCUUCCACCGCCUGCUCAACGCCGUGUUCAGUUUCGGCACCGUCACUGAAGCCGGUGCCGACCGCUGGCUCAAGCUGGGCGACGCUGUUCAGGACCGCAUGCCGGCGAUGACGACGGCCGUUUUCCAUGCCGCCAAGUCGAUCGCGGGCUCGGCUCCCGGCUACGACCGCCUGCGGAACGGGGCAGCAGCCAAGCUGUCGGGUUCGGCGCCGGAUCGCAUGCUGCGCUCGCUGCAAGCGCUGGUGGCGCUGGCACCGCCCGUGAACUCGGAACUGUCGAUCAUCCCGCAGCAACGAGCGAUCUUCCUGCUCAAGGAUCUGCAGAAGUGGUAUACCUCGGAGGAUGCCGACUCGGAGCCGGAGGAGGAGGCGUCGACGCGGCUGGCCGAGCUGUUUGUGCACGUGCUGCCGGUGGUGCAAGACGUGCAGGGCAGCCACAUUGACUUUGUAUUCGACGUGCUCGAGACCAACUUGGAGUUCUGCUCGCUCGAGCAGGACGAGACGGUGGCGCAGCUGUACCAUACGCUGCAGCUGCUCGAUGUGAUGCGCGAUCUGGCGUCGCGCAAUGCGAACCUGCGCGAGUACUGGAAGGAGCGCAGUGCAGGGUGCAUCGAGCUGGUGCGCGAGCUGUUCCUGUCGCUUGCGCAGCAGCACGCGGUGUCGGCGCCCAAGCAGGCGUGCAUCGAUCUGGUGGUCGAGCUCAUCCGCGAAACGUCCGAGGCGCCGUUCAAGUUGCACGAGACCGCGCCGGCGCUGUGCAAGCUGAUGGUGCAGAGUGCGUCGCACGAGGUGCAGGUGCUCAGCUUCCGCCUGCUCACCGCCGCGGUGCGCGAGCACGUAAAGGAGCUCGUGGUCGAGUCGGCCGUGGACCGCGAGGCGCUGGCGACCGAAGAGGGCCAGCAAAAGCUCAAGCUGCCCGCGGCACUCGUGGCCAACGUGGGCGACAGCCUCAGCUCGCAGCUCAACUUGCUCGUCGAGGAAGAUGCGGCGAGGCGCACGGCGUUUGGCUACUUCCUCUCGUGGAUCGCGGUGUUCGAGCACUUUGAGAACGCGUCGCUGUCGGUCAAGUCGACGUUCCUGGGCGAGAUCGAGUCGCGUCAGUUGCUGGUGGACUCUCUACUGCCCACGGUCUUCGCACUGGUGGGGUUGGCGGACGAGAGUCGACGACCAUUUGAUCCGAGCCGGUUUGUGCUGGAAGAGGUGUUCCUGGACGAGAUGGAUGCCGAGUCGUCGCUGACGGUGCUGCAGGUGCUUGCGGCGCACGUGUAUCUGCGUGCGCUCAUCCACGUGCCCACCACGGUGCGCAGCUGGUGGGUCAACAUCAAGGACCGGCAGCACUCGAUGCAGAUCGCCAGCUUCACCACACGACACUGUUCGCCCGUGAUUGCGAACCGCGAGCUGUCGCACCUGCGCGAGCCCGAAGCUUUGGCCAAGCUGCAGGACGAGGCACUGUCGAUCAAGAUCCUCUCGACCAACGAGGUAAUUGCGACGUACGUGGUGGACGAGCAUCCCAUGGAGAUUGGUGUCAAGAUCCCUGCCGAUUUCCCGCUCCACGGCGUCGAGAUCCGCGACAUCCAGCGCGUGGGUAUCACCGAGGCCAAGUGGCGUUCGUGGCUCCUUGCCGUCCAGCAACUCAUCACGGGCCAGAACGGUCUGAUCUUUGAUGCGCUCAGCCUGUUCAAGCGCAAUGCCGAGGUGCAGUUCCAGGGCCUGGACGAAUGCGCCAUCUGCUACUCGAUCAUCUCGCCCAUGGACAGAAGCCUGCCGACGAAACCGUGCAAGACGUGCAAGAACAAGUUCCACGCCGGCUGUCUGUUCAAAUGGAUCUCAACCUCGGGUGCCAGCACAUGCCCGCUCUGCCGCUCCAUUCUUUAG